AUGGCUGAGGAGGGUUAUUACUAUGAAUCAAGAUUUAUCUGCAAGCUUUGCCAAAAAAAAUUCCCAUGUGGGAAAUCACUUGGGGGUCACAUGAGGUCUCAUGUGGUAGCAAAUUCAUCCGAAUCAGACGAAAUUUUCGAGAAAAAAAUCCAAUCCUUCGUCGAUUUCGACCAUCAAACCACCUCCAAAGACUCGAAAAUCGCCGAAUUAAUAAACGGGCAGCAGUCGAGCUACGUGUUGAGAGAGAAUCCCAAGAAAACAUGGCGUGCAGCCGACACUUCACGAAUCCCAUUGCCUCAGGACAAAAUCUGCAAGCAAUGUGGGAAAGGCUUUCAAUCUAUGAAGGCUUUGUGUGGACACAUGGCUUGUCAUUCAGAAAAGGAUAAAAACUCGAAAGACGAUAGCUCUUGGACAAGCGAAAAUCAAAAAGCGGUGCUCGACAGCUGUUCGGAUACUGAAGAAGGAGAAGAAAGGAGAAUCAGAACGCGAUCAUGUUCAAAGAGCAAGAGGUACAAGAAAUUCGUCGAGAAAUCUCAUUUUUUUGCUCUGUCUAACAAUAAUUAUAAUAAUGUGAAUGGCUCUUCGUCUAUUUCGGAGAUUGAUGGGCAAGAUCAUGAAGAGGUAGCUAUGUGUUUGAUGUUGCUGUCGAGGGAUUUAGGGAAUAAUACUAAUAAUAAUAAUUAUUCGGUUGUCGAGUCAUCGGAUAAUAACUCGGUUGUCUUGGAGACUAAGUCUUCUUCUAUCGAGAUGAGGAAAAUCGAGAAUGAGAAGAAAAUCGCGAAUAACGAUAGUGAUGAUAAGUUGAAAGGCAAGAUUUUGGAGGAUGAUUUCAAUUCCGAUUCCGGCUAUUUCUUGGAUGAGUGUGCUAAAUCCGAGUCCGACUUAUCGGUUGAUUGGCUCAAGAAGAAGAGCUUGAAAAAGAACGAGCUGCUGCAAAAAUCGAGCAAGGGUGAUGAAGAUUAUUACGAUGAUGAUGAUCGUGAUGUCGAAUCUCGAAAGAGAAAAUAUUUGGCUUCUCAAAAAAAUCCCGACUGUAAAAAGAGCAAAUACGAAUGCUACAAUUGUAAGAAGGCUUUCAAGUCAUAUCAAGCUCUUGGGGGCCAUAGGCCUUGCCACAAAAGGACGAAUGCUUUUUUCGAGAAUAGAUAUGAGAGUGGGGAAAAUAGUCCAGACGAGUCUGCGGAUUACAGCAAGAAAAAAUCGAGCGCUGCUAAAAAGACUAAGGGUACUACUAUUAAGGGAAAAGACCAUGUUUGCCCUUUUUGCGACAGGGUUUUUAAGAAUGGUCAGGCUUUGGGUGGACAUAAGAGGUCACAUUUUAUUAUAACAGGUUCUGUUGAGAAUGUGAAUGUGAAUGAGAAUUCGAGUCGUGCAGUUAAGGCUGACGAGCCUCGAGGUUUGCUUGAUCUUAAUCUUCCGGCUCCUGAAGAUGAUGGGGAUAACUAA